AAGGGGGUUGGAUUAAAAAAAAAGAAAAGAGACGGACUUCAAAACAAAUUAAAAGUUGGCUUCUUGUCGUCCUCUCUCUCUCUCUUUUCCGGGCGAAAGAUCUCUCCUUUUUGGGUCUCUCUCUGAUUUCCAUUACUGAACUAAUAAGUGGCUAUGACAAUGUUCUGAGCUAGUUGGGGUUCACUUUCAAUUGGAUUAUGGUCCGCUUGGCCAAGUUGUAAUAGCAAGGAGUUAUGGAGCACUUUUGGCAUCAAAAUAUGAUGGAUAAGUGUGUUUGAGUGAGUGCUUCCAAGAGGCUCCACUGUCUUUGCAUUCCCAUGAGGCGGAGUUGUUCUAAGACAACAAGAAGAUGAUUGAUCAGUUCAUCAAUUUUGUCAUUCGGCCACCCAGGGCAGAUUAUAACCCGGAUCAGUACUUAUGGGAAAGAGAUUUUACCCUCGCUGGCAGAUCAUACAAAAGAGAGGACUUGGAGCUCAAGAACGCAAGAGGUCACACCCUGCGAUGUAGUCAUUAUCUGCCUUCGCCUUACCCUGAAGAAACUCCGCUUCCUUGUGUCAUAUACUGCCAUGGGAACAGUGGAUGCAGGGCUGAUGCAAAUGAGGCUGCUGUAAUUCUUCUUCCAUCAAAUAUAACUGUUUUCACUCUUGAUUUUUCGGGGUCAGGCUUGUCUGAUGGUGACUAUGUCAGCCUUGGUUGGCACGAGAGAGAGGACCUCAAGAUUGUUGUUUCAUAUUUAAGAAGCAGCAAAAAAAUAUCACAUAUAGGUCUCUGGGGAAGAUCAAUGGGUGCAGUCACUAGCCUUCUAUAUGGAGCGGAAGACCCUUCAGUAGCUGGAAUGGUGUUGGAUAGUGCCUUUUCUGAUUUAUUUGCUCUAAUGAUGGAACUUGUCGAUGUCUACAAAAUCCGGCUUCCAAAAUUUACUGUCAAGAUGGCAUUGCAGUAUAUGCGGUGGGUGAUUCAGAAGAAGGCAAAGUUUGAUAUUAUGGAUCUGAACUGCUUAAAGGUUGCACCAAAAACAUUUAUCCCUGCUUUAUUUGGACAUGGAAGUGAUGACAAAUUCAUUCAACCCCAUCAUUCUGACCUCAUCUUCGAGUCAUAUGUGGGGGACAAAAACAUAAUAAAAUUCGAUGGCGAUCACAACUCCUCCAGACCUCAGUUUUAUUAUGAUUCAGUUUCCAUUUUUUUCUACAACGUCCUUCGCCCUCCGCGUAAUUCAUCUACUAAUUUGCAUAAGAUCGAGAAAUAUUAUGAUUUGGGGGAUUUCAAGGUUGGAGCUGGGAUGGAUGAGAGCCUUUUAUAUGAGAUUAUCACGGAUCUUCGCACUACACGUAUUGAUGCGGCGAGUUCAUCUUCAGCUCCUCCUACCAUUCCACUCACAAAACCUGUGGGUGAACUUCUUUCUGAAGUUGUCCUGGAAACAGACCUGAGUGUAAUAGAUUCUGAGCUUAAUGAAGACAAUAGACCAAGCUGUGAAGACCCAGCACACUUGCAGGACAAACCAAAUGGCCAGAAUGAGGAAAGCUGUUCCUACACAAGCUCAAACAGGGAGAGUUGGGGAAGAUGCUCUUCCUUGGGUGUUAGUGAUGAAGAAUCUUCCGCUGAAUGUGCAGCUAAUGCCAAAAGUCAUCAGAUGGCCCUUCAGGCGCUUGCAACACCACUUAGAAGCAUGCAACAGGAAUCAGCAAGCCCCCCCAAACAGGAAAUGGGAAAGAAAAAGAAAAGGAAGAAAGUUCUUUCAGUCUUAAAGAAGGCCAAGGGUGAGAAACUUGAAAAGCUAGAGGCCCUUAGCAAGCGCUUGCGGCUCUGCAUUCUUUGGCGUGUGAAACAUCGGAGAUGUAAUUCCUCGUAAAAUGGUUAUGUGCCAUAGAAAUUUAACCAAAUAGUGUAAAUGAUAAGGUUGACGUGAAAUGUUCCAUCUCCUACUCACCCUCUAGUUAUUCAGCAUUGUUUCUAUGUUGAUUAUGAUACUAUAAAUAUGUGCUUUGGCUCUA